GUGGAACCUUGUUAUGCAGCAAGGCUCGGCUUUUAUCGACAUGUAACAUCUCAUCGUUGCUACAUAAUACUUAACUAGGAUAUAAGCUGACGAGGAUGAUUCUAGUUUCCGUAAAGAAUACGUUUUAAAAGGAAUAGCAAUUGCGGAUGGCUCUAUUGCACUAUCCAAAAUGGGCAUUGGGAUUUCAUAGCAGGCCUCUUUGUGCCCUAGAAAUGAUACAUACUUUAGUAUUAUUGUGGAGUUAUGGCUGAAUGGUCUGUAGAGUUCAACGUUAAAUCGAGUUGACAUUAGGAAGAAGGAAAAGAAGAACUUCGAUAGAGUUAGGUUAUUUAUAUGCCUUUUUUUAUUUAAGAAAAGUAGUUUUUGAUAUGUUUAUCUAUAUAAAUAAGAAGUUAUGAGUAACCCAACUUUAAGACAUCUUACGGAUCCUAAAUUUGGGAAGCCUGCUAAGCAUCAAAACAACCUUCUGCAGCAAUUGGGGACUCCUCACAUUUCUAGUUUUAAUUAUAUGGUAGAUAGAGGUCUGGAACAGGCAGUGGCGGAUAUUAUUCCUGUACAGUUUGAAUUUACUAAUGGUGACAAGAUUUGUUUGAAGAUCGAAGAAGCGGCUCUUAGCUGUCCCUUAGUUCCUGUUGGUACUAUCGGGGUGAAAAAACAAGUGGUGCUUCCUACCGAAUGCCGACAAAGAGCAGCUACUUACAAAGGCAAGUUCAAUAUUAAAGUAUCCUGGACAGUCAACAAUGGAAAGAAAAGUUAUUUUGAAAAAGAGUUGGGUGAAGUUCCUAUUAUGCUCAAGUCAAAUAGAUGUCACUUAAAUUUAAUGUCUCCUAAACAAUUAGUGAAAAAUGGGGAACAUGAAGAUGAAUGGGGUGGAUAUUUUGUUGUUAAAGGUCAUGAAAGACUAGUGAGAAUGUUGCUAAUGACUCGAAGAAAUUAUCCACUUACCAUAAAGAGAUCUUCAUGGAAAGAAAGGGGAGAAUUAUUUUCUGAUGUUGGUGUUAGUAUCAGAUGUGUUAGAGAAGACCAAACAGCACAGAACAAUGUUUUGCAUUUUUUGACUGAUGGUUCUGCCAAAUUCAUGUUUAUCUACUUAAAAAAUUUGUAUUACAUUCCUUUAAUGAUCAUUAUGAAGUGUUUGUGUGAUUAUACAGAUAAAUUCAUUUUUGAAAAAUUAACUGAAGGACAUGAAGAUGAUUUAUACUACAUAGAUUGUAUACAAAAUAUGCUUCGGGCGUGCCACUUGGAAAACUUGCAUACACAAGAAGACUGCAAGGAGUAUGUUGGUAAAUUGUUCAGAGUAAGAUUCUUGCAAUGCCCAACAUGGUACACAAAUCAACAAAUAACCGAUUUCAUGUUAAAACAGUGCAUCUUAAUACAUUUAGAUAAUAACACUGACAAGUUUAAUCUUUUGGUUUUUAUGACGCAAAAACUUUUCGCUUUCGCUCAAGAUAAGUGUAAGCAUGAAGGGGUCGAUUCGGUGAUGAUGCAAGAAAUUUUAUUGGGGGGUCACUUGUAUUUACAAAUACUUAAAGAAAGACUUCAAGGUUGGCUCAAUAAUCUUCGACUCGCGCUUCUAAAGCGUCCCAAAACUGACUCGAUGCUUCCUCUUUCUUCUAAGGAAGUACUGAUAGCUGCCAAACAUGCGGGAACUAUAGAAUCCUCAAUGGAGCAGUUUUUUGCUACAGGGAAUGUAAAAACUGCAACAGGUCUGGGUCUAAUGCAAGAUAAAGGCCUAGUUAUAAUGGCAGAAAACAUUAAUCGGAUGCGUUACAUGUCACACUUUAAAGCAGUUCAUAGGGGGGCCUUUUUCCAAGAAAUGCGCACUACAGAAGUCCGUCAGCUUUUACCGGAUGCGUGGGGUUUUAUAUGUCCGGUGCACACUCCUGACGGAGCUCCCUGCGGUCUCCUCAAUCAUCUUACGAUGAACUGCACAGUAACGGACGCCCCUGAUCCAGUUUUAACUAAAAAUAUCCCUCGUGUUCUAGCCAGGUUGGGAAUGGUACCCCUCGAAAAUUAUCUUCACGAAAAUAGGGCGGAUUCCUAUGUAACUGUGGUAGAUGGGAAGGUUGUGGGAUAUGUGCCAGUGUCAAUUGCAAAGGACUUGGUAGAUAAUUUAAGGCUGCUGAAGAUACAGGGCAAGGAGAUACCUAUUACAACAGAGAUUGCUUUGCUUCCCAGGAAAAAGGUUACAGGACAGUAUCCUGGAUUAUUUUUAUUCACAGGACCAGCCAGAAUGAUGAGGCCUCUGGUUAACUUGAGUGCUCGUAAUAUGGAAUUUGUAGGGACUUUAGAACAAAUCAAUUUGGACAUAUCUGUCACUCCAGAUGAAAUAUAUAAGGGUGUUACAACACAUAUGGAGCCCUCCAAGUCUUCGUUUCUGUCCAAUUUAGCCCAAUUAAUUCCCAUGCCUGAUACUAACCAGUCUCCGCGGAACAUGUAUCAAUGUCAGAUGGGGAAACAAACAAUGGGAACUCCCUGUCACACGUGGAGUACCCAGGCUGAGACGAAAAUCUAUCGUUUGCAAACACCAGCAAGUCCUCUUUUCCGACCUGUUCAUUACGACAAUAUAAAGUUGGAUGAUUUUCCAAUGGGAACCAACGCCGUUGUGGCCGUUAUUAGUUACACAGGUUACGAUAUGGAGGACGCGAUGAUAAUUAACAGAUCUGCAUACGAAAGAGGUUUCGCUUACGGUUCAAUUUACAAGGCGCAAUUUAUCGAAUUGGACCACGUAGAUUCUUAUUUUUGUCGCGAUCCUUCUCUGUCCUUUUUAGUUGAUUAUCUGGAUACUGAUGGUCUUCCUCAUCCCGGAGUACCUAUGUCCGAAUCGAAACCAAUGUAUUGUUAUUAUAGCGCCGAGUCCUGCAGAUACGUUGUGCAAAACUUUAAAGGGAAAGAGGAUUGCUUUGUCGACAAUGUGAGAGUUUGUGGGAACUUUAACAAUACCAGGGCCAAGAAAAUUGCAUGUAUUGUGUUCAGGGUGCCGAGAAAUCCAACGGUUGGUGAUAAAUUUGCCAGUCGUGCGGGCCAGAAAGGUAUUUGUUCGCAACUGUGGCCUGCUGAGGACCUACCCUUUACCGAAACAGGUAUGUUUUACGUUAAUUAUUAUAUGUAAAAGAAAUUAUGAGUG